ACUAUUUUAGUCUUCUAAUGCUACUUUAUAUUGAGUAACUAGGUUACAGGUAAAGGUUGGAAUUUCUAUGCCAGUGUAGUAUAAUAAAUUUAUAAAUGAGAGUUAAUGUUAAAGGGUUAGAAGUUCUUUUUCCUUAUGAUUACAUUUACCCCGAACAGUACCGUUAUAUGGUAGAGCUAAAACUAAAUUUGGAUGCUUCGCAACACUGCUUACUUGAAAUGCCUUCAGGUACGGGCAAAACUGCCACCAUACUGUCGCUCUUCGUCGCAUACCAAAGAGCUAAUCCUAAUACAGGAAAACUCAUUUAUUGUUCACGAACUGUCCCAGAAAUCGAAAAAGCACUUGCUGAGCUGAAAAAGUUAUUGGCCUAUUACGAUAAAGAAAACGAAAAGUUGGUUUCGUUCUUGGGCAUCGGUUUAAGCUCCAGGAGGAAAUUAUGCAUUCAUCCCGAGGUUUCUGUCAGUGGGGAUGGCGCCACUGUUGAUAGUAACUGUAGGAAACUGACUGCCUCUUGGGUACGAGCAGCCGCAGAAAAAUCUUCUCAUGUUCCUUUAUGCAACUUUUAUGAAGAUUUUGAGAGAAUCGGAAAACAGUCACCGAUGCCUUCGGGUGUUUAUACUUUAGAAGACAUUAAAAACUUUGGGCGGGAUCACGGCUACUGUCCUUAUUUUUUAGCGCGCUAUAAUAUGGCCUUCGCCAACGUUAUUAUUUAUAGUUAUCAUUAUUUACUGGAUCCGAAGAUCUCUGAGUUAGUUUCCAAAGAGCUUGCUAAGGAGUCUGUAGUGGUUUUCGACGAGGCUCAUAAUAUUGAUAAUGUUUGUAUUGAAUCUUUGAGUGUUGACAUUAGCAAGAAAACCCUUGAAAAUAGUUUGAGAAGUCUUAGUAAACUUACUGAAAAACUAUCCCGAAUUAAAUCGCAAGAUGCCGAUCGACUUCGAAAUGAGUAUAUGCGUUUACUCGAAGGAUUGAAAGAAGCUAAUAUUAAUCGAGCAACCGACAUUCACAUGGCCAAUCCUGUUCUUCCUGACCAAGUCCUUGAGGAGGCGGUCCCUGGGAAUAUUAGACAAGCGGAGCACUUCAUUGCAUUCCUAAGGCGCUUUGUUGAGUACUUGAAGACCAAACUUGAUGCAGUCGAGCGUAUUGAAUCUCACAAUCCGAAAUCUUUUUUGUUAUACUUAAGAACCGAAGUAUAUAUUGAAAGAAAACCUUUGAGAUUUUGCUCUGAACGUCUGGGCUCUUUACUAAGGACACUUGAACUGGCCAAUCUGGACGACUUUACUUCAUUGGGUUUGGUGACGAUGUUUGCUACUCUUGUAGGAACUUAUGAUUCUGGUUUCAGUUUGAUUAUAGAGCCUUAUGAUGACCGUACUCCGACCAUUCGGAAUCCUAUUCUUCACUUUAGUUGCAUGGACGCAUCGAUAGCUAUCAAGCCGAUCUUUGAUCGCUUCCGGUCUGUAGUUGUCACUUCGGGAACACUUUCACCGCUCAGCAUGUACCCCAAAAUAUUAAAGUUUAAGUGUGGUUCGAUGCGCAGUUUUCCAAUGACCUUAUCUCGCCAGUCUAUUCUACCAAUGAUAGUCACGAAAGGCGAUGACCAGCUCGCUGUUUCCUCGAAGUUUGAUGAAAGGGCCGACAUUGGCGUCAUUAGAAACUACGGGCUUUUGCUCAUUGAACUGUGCAAGGUUGUUCCGGAUGGAAUUGUGUGUUUCUUUGUCUCAUACUACUAUAUGGAGUCGAUCGUUGCUUCCUGGAGCGAGCACGGCCUUCUACAGCAAAUACUGCGCUACAAGCUCGUCUUCAUAGAAACGCAGGAUCGCGCAGAGACUUCGCUUGCGCUGGAAAACUAUCAACUAGCUUGCAAAAACGGAAGAGGCGCCGUCUUGUUUUCCGUUGCCAGAGGAAAAGUGUCAGAAGGCGUUGAUUUUCAUCACGAAUGCGGAAGAGCUGUUAUCAUGUUUGGCAUCCCUUAUGUGUACACCGAAAACCGGAUCUUGAGAGCCCGUUUGGAUUAUCUUCGACACGAGUUUUUUAUUGAGGAAAACGACUUUCUAACUUUUGAUGCCAUGCGCCAUGCGGCCCAGUGCGUCGGGAGGGUCCUCCGGAGUAAAACCGACUACGGAAUUAUGAUAUUUGCCGAUAAACGCUACUCCCGAAUGGACAAGAGAGAGAAACUGCCGCUGUGGAUGCAGGAGCAUCUUAAGAGAAACACAAACUUGGCUACACAGGACGUUGUUAACGCCUCAAAAGUAUUCUUGAGAGAUAUGGCUCAACCUUUUACUUUGGUUGCAAAAAAGACCUGCCAAAAGUCCUUGGCAUGGGAUUGUGAUAGUAUUAGACGAGGCAGCGUAGCUGACCCUGAAUGUGGGGCCUUGGCUGUAACACGUCAGUCUUCAAGAGGAAGAAGUAUAAGUUAA